GCGCAAACUUUCUUAAAACCUGCCUCCAACGGGAUGACACUAGCAACUGGGACAAGUAAUUUAACCAAGCACUAUUGGAUAUACGGACGAUGCCAAGCGAUGUUUCUAAACAUACCUCUGCGAAGUUACUAUACGGGUAUGAAAAACGCACUCCAGCUACUUGGCCGGCGCCGCGCCAAAAUUACGUCGGUGAUGUCAGUGAAGAACUUGUCUCGGGAUCAAGGUGAUCGACCACGCUAUGCAAGAGCUGUGGCGAUCUGUCCAAGCUCAAGUGGAUGAGCGCAAGAGAACGUUCAAGUCGAGAUACGACCGAGAUGUGUUCUCCAAGACGUUUAAUCUAGGCGACGCGAUAUUUGAUGCGCGACCAUAUACCUGCGGGAAAGCUUGAGGCUAAGUGGAUAGGCCCAUUGACCGUGACGAGGAUAAACCUUAACGGUACUUACCAUCUGGCUGCACCUUUUGGGAGCCGACUUGCCGGAGCUGUGAAUGGCGAUGUCAUAAAGCCGUGGGUCGAACGUGCUGGAAUGGUCCCUGAUGUCUUGACCGCGAGAGAUGCGGAAAGGCAGUUGUUGGCAUUUCGUCAGAAGAUUUUAUUGGAUCAACACACGGGAGAGGAAGUCGACACUUAGGGGAGGGACAUGAGAAGCUGUGAAAUAAAUGUGUCAGUGGCUGUCUCUUUCUCCUCACUUCCCCUCCCAAUGCGGAAUACUAUAGACCAAGAGGCCGGUCAACUAUUGUCUAGUUGACAAUAAAUACCGCCUCUUCCCUUCGAGACCUCAAUUUUACACCAGAAUAAGCAUUAUCUGUAUUUAAAAAAAGCAAUAAAUCUGAAUGUAACUUUUACUAUCUUUAUUUUUCC